AUGACUCACCGCACCGGCGAGAGAGAGGGAGUGGACGCCGCAAAAGGAGAAACAGCGGCCGCCCCUACCACCACCGCCGCCACAGCGGUCUAUCCUAAGCCGAGGGAGGAAAAUAGACUGCCGACCCCCGGUGGUGGACAGCCGGUGGACGGCGCCGUCGACGCUAUACGACAGAUUCAAGGUAAUCAGAAGAGAGAAACGGAGGCCAGAGCGUUUGUAAGUUCUCUCCUUGCCGAAAAAGGGGAAUCCCAUGUGCAGAAUGUGCUACAAGCGGAGAUUCAGAAGGUGAAGAAGAAGGAGUCGGAGCUGGCUGCUAUCAAAAAGAAAGUCACGGCUACAAACAAGGAGGUGGAUGAACUGCAAUUAGAUAUUUUGCGGGCAAAUGAAACAAAGACGGAGGCGGAACGUUUGUGUAAGGUUCUACAGGCCGCAACGAAGCGACGGGCUAUGCUCACAGAGGAGGCCAGAAAAGAGAUGGAGGAACAUCGUAUUGGCGUGCAGCAAAAGGUAGAGAAUAGUGUGAAAGACAUUCGAGUGAAGUGCGAUGAGCGGAAGGAGACUGUUAUGGCCCUGAUGGAGGAGAACACCGUCUCCGCGAGGGGAG